UAUUAUUAUAUUACUUUCGAAAAAUUUAAUUUAAGCUUAAAAAACUAGUAUUAACUAAAUAAUUAACAACAGAAUUUUAUUUUUAAAUUCAACAUCCAUAACCCAUUUUUCCAAGUUACUUUGGUAUAAUGUUUUUAAAUUUUUGUACUAAUAAACUAAUAUACUUCUGCACUUAAUAUACAUAUAACUGGACUAACAGUGGUUUUAGCUUGAAGACUUGAAUUUUAUGCAUUGAAAUGGCUUGGAGAUUUAAAGCUUCAAAGUACAAGAACGCAGCCCCCAUAGUGCCCAAACCCGAGACAUACAUAAGGGACAUAUGUGUGGGGUCGUAUCAGACUUAUGGCAACAACAUUGCUGCUUCUGCUAGGUUUAUGGCCUUUAACUGGGACCAUGCUGGUUCCAGUUUGGCUGUACUACCCAUAGAUGACUGCGGUAGAAAAAGCAAACUAAUGCCUUUGCUGCACGCUCAUUCUGAUACUGUGACUGAUAUGGAAUUUUCUCCGUUUCAUGAUGGGUUGCUGGCCACAGGCUCGCAGGAUUGUUUGGUCAAAAUAUGGCACAUUCCUCCUGAAGGUUUACAGGAAUCGCUAAGCAACUCGGAAUGCACAUUCUCCCACAAGCAACGUCGCGUGGAAACGGUGGGUUUCCACCCGUGCGCAGACCACCUGCUGCACUCGACCUCGUACACGACUUUAACCCUGUGGGACCUGAUGUCCGAGCAGGAAUUGUUCUCGAACGCCGACCACAGCGAAGUGAUCCAAUCGGUGAGCUGGAAGAGGGACGGCAGCCUAUUGGCCACGUCGUGCAAAGACAAGAUGGUGAGGAUUUUAGACCCUAGGGUGGAAAAGUCGUGCGUGAAGACCGCCAACAGCCAUCAGAGCAUCAAGGACAGCAGGGUGGUGUUUCUGGGGGAUCAGAACAGGAUUUUAACGACGGGAUUCGAUUCUCAACGGCUGCGGCAGAUUUUCAUCCGUGAUUUGCGUAAUUUUAACGAGGCCGAGAAGGCGUUGGAGCUGGACUGCUCCACGGGCAUUUUGAUACCUUUAUACGAUCCGGACACUAACAUGCUUCUGCUGGCCGGCAAAGGCGACACGACCGUCGGGUACAUGGAGGUGACCGACAAGGAGCCGUACCUCAUCGAGGGUAUUCGACAUUCCGGCGAGCAGACCAAGGGCGCGUGCUUGGUGCCGAAGAGGUGCCUCAACGUGAUGCAGGGCGAGGUCAACAGGGUUCUUCAGCUGACCAGUUCGUCGGUGGUGCCGAUUACGUACCAGGUGCCGAGGAAGACGUACAGGGACUUCCACGCCGACAUUUACCCCGACACGCCCGGGUUCAAGACGGACUUGACCGCCGAUAAGUGGAUCGAGGGGAAGAACGUCGAGCUGGAGAAGAUCAGUUUGGAUCCCAGCAAGAGGGAGAACGGAGAGGAGCCUAUAAUUAUACACAGAGGUAAUUUGGAAACGUUAAAAUCCGAAUUCGAAAAAAAUAACGCCAACAAACAAGCCGAGGUGCCGAAAAUCAACAAGAACGUCGAAAAACCCGAUUUUCACCCCGUCAGAUCGCUAAUCAAGGAUAUCGAAAAGACCAACCUCAUCCUGCCCGAAGACUCUGAAAAAACCCUGGAAAGCAUCGUCUCGGAAAACAACAAAAUCAACGCCGAAGAAAACGAAAAGCAGAACUGUCAGAACUCGCCGCCUAAACCUCUGCCGAGGGCGUCGAGGACUAACUCGGUGUGCGGCGAUCAGAUCGACGACGGCGCCCCCAAGCCGGUGGCGAGGCCGCGAACUAACAGUUGCGCGCCCGUCGUCACCUCCGUCAAUCCCAACGUGCCGAUAGCGGGCGGAUACAAGCCUCGCUUGGGCCCGAAACCUUUCACACCGCCGAAUCUGACCAACGCCGAGUUCAAAUUCGUUGCCCCAGCUUCGCCACCCAGUAACGGCGUGCACGAGCAAGAGCAACAACCCAAAACGCCGGAAGAGGCCGUUGAAAAGGAAAAAUCGCCGAGCAGCGACGCGGACGCGAAGAUCGAGACCGAGAACGGCAAGUCCGGAUCGUCGGGCGAGGAGGAGACCAACUCCGACUCCGGGUACAUCCCCAAAACACCCAGCACCGCCGAACGUAGGAAGCUGUUCGAGGUGAGGGGCAGCUCGAAGGAGAACGAGCCGGAAGACGGCUUCGACGCGACCGACCAGACGAAUUUCGAAAGAUCCUCGUUGCAAAGAAGUUCCAUCGCCGAGCGCAGGCGCAUGUACGAGUCGCGUUCCGCUUCUGCGCAAGAUCCGCCCACUUUAAUAGCGGAAAAGCCGGCCGGCGGGUCGCCGGUGAUGCUGCGCAGGAAGGACUCGCUGAAGAACCGCAAGAACGCCGAGGACGUCCUCAAGGACGACAACAACAGGAAGAGCGUGCCGAUGCCAAAGCAGCAGUCCUUCGAUCCGCAAGCGGCCAGGAAGAGCGAAGCGGUCCCCACGCCCAAGAGAACCUCCACCGUGUUCGGGAGGGUUUCCAAGUUUAGGCAUUUGAAGGGCACGCCUGCGCACAAAUCUCUGCACAUUGAGAACAUCAGGAAUUUGAGCCGCCAGAUGUCAGGGGAGUGCGACGGUUUUCACGCGAACCCGAAGCGGGUGGCGGUUCCGCUGAGCGGGCCCGGGGGGCGCAUCGCCAUCUUCGAGCUGGCCAAGACCGGGAAGCUGCCCGACGGCGUGAUUCCCGCCCUGGUGCACGGCAACAACGUGAUGGACUUCGCUUGGGACCCGUUCGACGACUCGCGCCUCGCGGUGGCGUGCGACGACGGCGUGGUGAAGUUGUGGCGCGUGCCGGAAGAGGGCCUCCAAGAGCCCACCAACGAGCCCGAGCACUGCCUGUCGGCGCACCCCGACAAGAUUUACUUCGUCAAGUGGCAUCCCAGCGCCAAGGACGUCUUGGCUACCGGCUCGUACGACAUGACGAUAAAAAUCUGGGACCUGGCCACGCAGACCGAGCGGAUAACCCUGCGCGGCCACGCCGACCAGAUGUUCAGCUUCGCGUGGUCGCCGUGCGGCGACCGCUGCGCCACCGUCAGCAAGGACGCCAGGAUCCGCGUGUACAGCCCGCGCAAGAGCGACAAGCCUAUAAAAGAGGGCAAGGGCCCGGUGGGCAGCCGCGGCGCGCGCAUCCUCUGGGCUCUGGACGGCAGCUUCAUAGUGACAACGGGCUUCGACAAGGUUUCCGAGCGGCAGAUCACUGCGUACAAGUCGAGCGAUUUGUCCGCCUUGAACACCGUCGGGUUGGACGUGUCCCCGGCCAUUCUGAUGACGUACUACGACGAGGACAGUUCCACUCUGUUUUUGACGGGAAAGGGCGAUUCGACCAUCUACGCGUUCGAAAUAACGGAGGAGGCGCCGUACAUCUGCCCGCUGAGCCACCACCGCUGCAACACGCUGCACCAAGGGCUCUCGUUCCUGAGCAAGAACUCUUGCGACGUGUCGAACGUGGAGUUCGCCAAAGCGCUCAGGCUCACCAACAACGCCAUCGAGCCGCUGUCGUUCGCCGUGCCGAGGAUCAAGACGGACCUCUUCCAAGACGACCUCUUCCCGCCCACGAGGGUAACCUGGAGUCCCACGAUGACCAGUGCCGAAUGGUUUUCGGGAACCGCCAAACUACCUCAGAGAGUCAGUUUGAAACCUGACGGAAUGGAUAACCUGAGCGAAUCUCAAGGACAAGCCGGACCGGUGGAAAGAACCAUCAACAAAUCGGCAUCAACGCCUUUCAUAACAGCCAAUCAGCCUUUUAACCGGCUAGGUUGGAAUUCCGACAUGUCGGGACAAACUAAAAGCAAGCAGGAAGAGAUUCAAAGAUCGGUUAGUAACAAGCUAGAGGUAAAUUUGAAGCUCGAACAGGACGAGAUGGAGGGCGUGGACGAGAAAGAGUGGUGCGAUUGAGCGUUUUGAUUGUUUUUUUAGGGUUAAAACCUCGUAUCUCCCCCUUAAACCUGCCUUACACUUAAGCUACAUACGAUUUUCGGUCUCGAACAAUAAUAAUAACGUAACCGCCUAGCUUUGUAUUGAUCUAUUUUAUAGCCAAUUUUUCUAUUUCUAUACGUAGGAAAAAGAACAAUUUUGUUUAUUUUUACAUAAUCAUGACGUUUAUAUUUACAUUGUACCGACCUGUAAUAAUAAUGGACUUAUAUUUGGGCGACCUCUUAUACUAUUAAUCAUCUAAAAUUACUUUUAUUUGCAAUGUUAAUCUAGUCACUUAGGUAAAAUGACAUUGUGAUCUCACAAAAUGAACAAAUCAUCAACAUUCCAAAUUUUACAUUGCAUUUAAGGCCAAGGUGCCUUUAGAGACGGCCUUUUCCGCUCGACACCUUGGCAAGCCAUAACUUGUGUUGUUUUUGUGCCAAAUUGUGUAUUCGACCAAUUUCGUGCUCAUUUUACCACCGAUAAUCAUUUUUUAUGAUCGCUCAAACAUUUUCAAUGUAUUUUCGAGAUAUUUUUAGUCAUUAAGUGCUAUAUACAUAAGUUUUAAUUUGAAACUUUUUUCGAUUAAUUUAUUUUAUACGUGUAUUUAUUAUAUUAUUUGUAUUAGUGUUGUGUAAUAGUGUAAGUCAUAUGAUAUCCUAAUAAUAAAAUGUAUUAAAUUAUUUCUAAAAAUGCGUUUUAUUUAAAUAUAAAUAACAUAGAAACCAAAAUGUAUUAAUUAAAAAAAAUCUUAUUUACACUUAAAUAAAAUAAAUUAAAUUCCUCCAACUCUGUCUCUAGGAAUCAAUCUUAAUUCUGAGCCGUGUUUCAAGAAAACAUUACCUAAAAAAUAAAAAAAAUGUUCAGAAACUCUACAUUCUACAAAAAAUAAUGUCUAUGGAAAGCAAUAAACCAAUCAAAUUAAGGCAUUCUCCACAGCACACUAGGUUCGAUGUAGAAUGCCGUGUUUUGAUUGGUUUACGUCUUUCUAUAGAAACAAUUUUCUGUAGAAAGUCAUUUACGUCAUAUAUACCAGCUGUUUGUUGAGGGUUUAUGCCAAUACCAUCAUCAGUGAUGAUGGCUGAAGUUGCUGGAGGUACUUUGAACUCCUCUGCUGCAAACUUUAGGACUGCUGUAAAAGGAGUGGCUUCAGGAACGCUAAG